UAGCACCCUACGUUAGAAGAAUUCAACCAGAAGAAGCCAUAGAAUUAUCAAGGGAGUUCAGUGCUUGUAUUUUUUAUGGGUGCGGUUGUUCAAAUUCCAGCAAAUUCCUUCACCUUUGUGUGGGAAAAAGAUUGGAAGACAACACCUGAUGGCACAAAGGAAUUUGUGGGAGAUGAUGACACCUUCUUUGCCGGCAGAAGUGCCACUGUGGAGGAACUGGGCCUAACUCCCGAAAAAUACUACAAAUUUGCCAUCCGUGUAAAGAACACUGGUGAUAAUCCUGUAGAGGUUUAUCUCCGUGUAAAGACAAAGGAAACUCACUUACCUCCCGCACCCAUUCCUGUCUCCAUUAAGCCAUCCGAUGUGAUUCAAACUAUUCCAAUCGGCGAUGAACUCAUCAACGUUGGAGGGGCAUCUGACUAUGUUAAAUUCGGGAUCCUCGGUAACCCUUCUGUCAAACCUACUAAAGGGUUUUUCAUCUCUGAGGUCUGUGCUACAGAAGCAUAAAAUCAUACAAUAUAAAAAUAAAGAAAGAUCUUCAACUUGUUUGUGGAUCUUUCCUGCAAUAAGAAUAUGUAUGGUUAUGUUGUCUAUGAUAUUUGUGUGAGCAUAUCCGGCACUCUUCUCAUUAGAGAGAGUGGUCUCAGUUAUGUGUUAGGAUGCUUCUAUCUAUCUUUGUGAUCAUGUUGUGAUGUGUGAUGAUCUUAAUUAUAAAUAAAGUUUAUGUUUUAUUAA